AUGGGCCCCCGUACCGACUCCUCAUGCUGCUGCCAGGCCCGUAAUCUGUCAUGGGCCCCUGUACCGCCUCCUCAUGCUGCUGCCAGGCCCGUAAUCUGCCAUGGGCCCCCGUACCGACUCCUCAUGCUGCUGCCAGGCCCGUAAUCUGUCAUGGGCCCCUGUACCGCCUCCUCAUGCUGCUGCCAGGUCCAGAGUGUGUCAUGGGUCCCUGUACGGCCUCCCAUUGCUGCUGUCUCCAUCGCCACACUCUGCCAUGUGCCACUUUCAGGUCUCCUCACACUGCUGGUGGGUUCCAUUUUGUCAUAGGGUGCUGGCAGAUUACGGGCCUCCCAUUGCUGCUGCCAGGCCCGUAAUCUGCCAUGGGCCCCCGUACCGACUCCUCAUGCUGCUGCCA